UCUAAAAGGAAGCUCGGAGCAACUUCAUCAAUGGCUACUUUGAUUGCUCCUAAUGAAAUCUCUCCCGUUCAAGAUGCUGAGUCUCUCCACAAGGCCUUCAAAGGAUGGGGCACUGAUGAGAAGGCAGCGAUAGCAAUAUUAGGUCACAGAAAUUCUUUUCAAAUUCAGCAGAUCAGACAAGCUUAUGAAGAACUUUAUGAAGAGAAUCUCAUCAAACGCCUUGAGUCUAAGCUAUCUGGUGACUUUGAGAGAGCUGUGUAUCGAUGGGUAUUAGAACCAACAGAUCGAGAUGCUGUGUUGGCAAAUGUGGCCAUUAGAAAUAGCAAUAAUGUUGAUUACACUAUGAUUGUGGAAAUCUCUUGCAUCUAUUCAUCUGAAGAGCUCUUGGCUGUGAGACGAGCCUAUCACAAUCGUUACAAGCAUUCUUUGGAAGAAGAUGUUGCCGCUCAUACUAGUGGUUAUCUUCGCCAGUUUUUGGUAGGGUUGGUGAGCUCGUACAGGUAUGAAGGUGAUGAGAUGAAAGCGAGGUUGGCACAAACUGAAGCAAACAUUCUUCAUGAUGCUCUUAAACAUAAGAGUGACAAUCAUGAAGAGGUUAUAAGGAUUCUUACUACCAGAAGCAAGACUCAGCUUGUUGCAACUUUCAAUCGCUACAGAGAUGAUCAUGGCACUUCCAUCACUAAGAAAUUGCUGGAUGAUGCAUCUGAUAAUUUCCUCAGGGCAGUGCAUACUGCCAUUCAUUGCAUCAGUGACCACCAAAAGUACCAUGAAAAGGUUCUGCGAAAUGCGACUAAGAGGAUAGGGAAUUAUGAGGAUGCAUUGACGCGUGUGAUCGUGACCAGGGCUGAGAGGGAUUUGAGGGAUAUUAAAGAUCUUUAUUACAAGAAGAACAGUGAGCACCUAGAGAAUUCAGUGGCCAAGGAAGUUUCUGGAUAUUACAAGAAGUUUCUGCUCACUCUUUUGGGACAAGAAGACUAAGUUCUUCAAAUAAUUAUAAUGAUGGAAUCUGUGAUGAAUAAUUAUGUGUGGUUGGGUCGAAUUUCCUCUUCAUUUGAAUCUGUUUCAUUUCUCAGGGAAUGUCUUUUUUUCCCCCUUUUCUUUUGGGUGUGACGACUUGGACUCUCUAUAUCAAUUGUUAGUGCA